AUGGCGAGAAAAAGUCCUCAGCAGCUAUCAAAAGAUGUUCCUUUCAUACCACGUUCAGGAUUCCAAUGGACUGAUAACAAUCAAGUUUUAGUCGAGGAUGAACAGUUCGUAAUAUAUGAUGCAUACUGGAAUGUGCCCACAUUCAAAGGGAAUCGCGACGAUUAUUUCACUAACCUGUCAAGGGAUAUGAUCGGCAUUACGAUCAAAACUGACGCUUUGAUUCUGGUUUAUACUUCCUCUAAUACUAUUCAGAUAUAUGAUGCAAAAAGACGUCGAGUGAUGCAAGAGUAUCCGAUUGAGGUGCACAAGUUCGUUGGUUGUUUAAAAGAGUGA